GUUCAGCUGCCCUCAGACCCAGUCGCUACAAUACUCAUCGACGCAUAUCUGCAGGCAAACCAUUGGUACCUCGCACUCUUCCAUGUGCAAACUUUUCGAGCUCGUGCAAUGCCUAUGAUACAAAUUGGUGCUGCCGCAGUGUCUGAAAAGCCCUUCUUAUUAUUACUGCUGGUAGUUCUGAUGAUCGGAACCCGAUUCGUCCAGCCAGAAAUUAUUACAACACACGAUCCUGUAUUCAAUAUUGAGUCCUAUCGUAACCAAGUACUCAAUGCUGUUGAGCAGCAUUUAUUCUCGUCGCUACACGAGGCAGAUCUCGAAUCUAUUGGAUGUGCCCUCUUAAUGUCCAUUGAAUACCUUCUAGAGGGAAAGACGAAGUUGGCAUUUGUACUAUCUGGCAUGGGACUUCGCAUCGCCCACGCCAUCGGGCUACAUGACGAAAGUACUUGGGAUCCACUAGAGAACGUCGAGUUACAGGUUCGACGGAGGGUAUGGUGGGCAAUAUAUAUGGCCGAUGGGUACGCUGCACAGGCGUACGGCAAACCGCCAAUCCAGGCCGGGGGACGGUUCCGCGUUUUAGAACCUCAGGACCUGGACGAUAUAACAACCUGUCCUGGCAUUACCUCGUACGAGGUGCGAGAAGACGGUUCCCUGAGACCCGUCAGCUCAUUCUCAUACAACCGAUAUAAAGCCCAACUGUACUCGAUAAUGUCCGCUGUAAUGCCUGGCAUGCGAUUGAAAGAAAUCAAAGACGUAUACAGCCGCCUCUCGGCUUGGGAAGCAAUGAUUCCUACCGAAUUACGGCUAGAUAUUCACAGAAAUUACGAAGGGGAGAUGCAAGACAAAGGGCCACGCGUAUUUACACUGCAGGCACUGACUCUCCAGCUCGCCUUUGACCAUAAUAUGUUAUUACUACUCCGCCCAUUUCUGGUCAGCAAACGGCACUUGAGCAUCCAGGUAUUCUCUCAGUCCGAACCCAAUAGCAGCGAGAGUCCCGUUACGGUCCGAGACCAAAUGAUAACAUCGGCCAUCCGAAUAUCCAGUAUUCACCAACAUCGAGGGAUUAUACGUCUGGUUUCCAAUACAACGGCUGCUGCGCAGGUGUGCUUCCAGUGCUUCACCGCUGGUGUCAUUGUGGCAAUGCUCGCACUAUCCGAUGUCUCUUCACCUCAAGUACCGAAGUUCAAGCAAGCACUCGCUCGUUUGAUUAAUAUAUUGUCCCUAGCAGGAUCGGGGACGCUACUCAGUAAACAAAGCGUGGAAAUUCUAACGGACACAAUGCAUAUUAUUUCGUCGCAAGAGGUCAGCGCGCUGAUCGAUCGUGUGGCGGGUGAUUCCGAGACAGAACACUCACCAUUGGGUAAUCGGGAGGCUGAGCGCGCUUUGGGUGACGUCCAGGCCCCUGAAGUCUCGUCUGAUGUUGCGGUAGAUGAUGAAGAGAUUUGGGGGGAGCUGGGGAGACCACUCGAUUUGGAUGGAUUUGAUAUCUCUAGCUCGACGUCGCUCUACCAGCAGCUUGCUCUUUUUCUCUGAGUUCACUUGUAUGUAUACGUAAUGGGCCAACUAAUUAGAAUGUUCAAUUUAUGGAAGCUAUAAAUUGUGGAUAGUGUCCGGCAUCCUGGUUUUGUGGGUGUAUUGCUACACCGUUCCAUAUAUCUAGGCUCGAUGAUUGGUUGUUACCGAAUGUAUAGAUCGAAGAAGAGGAAGCUCAACGUCAAAUGCUUCCAGAUAACCCAUCGUGAAAAUGGUGGGGUAUUCUGAAGCUACACCCUACCCUCUGGUGCAUGUGAAUACAUCUGAUUUGUUGAGAAAACAAGAAUAUCGGCUUGGUUCAUGCUGAAAUCGUCUUCGUGUUGUGUUGAAUGUGGAUUAGCUACGGUAUAAGGAAAAGCUUUGCUACCGCACCAUUUUCGUAACUAUCCCAGACCGAUAUUCCGAGUAAAG